UACAGCGCUUUAAUGCAAAGCUUCUGAGCGUCGGUGUUGAACGUAACAACAAUAUACAGCGCAAUUUAUGCACCUUUUCUGGCGUUUGCCGACGGAAAUGAACAUCUGGCAGGCAACAAUAUCUGCUCCCUCCUGUGUAGCUUCUUCUACAGUAAUUCAUCAAUAAGUGCUGAAAUAUGCACAUCAGCCUGAAAGUGAAGAAGAACAUGAACGAACCCUGCAGAAUAAAACAUGAAGAUACUGAAGAACAAAUAGACCUGAAGGGAGAAAACAAGGAGAGUGAAGAAGUUACUGAGGCGGAGGAGAAACAUGACUUCAAACCAGUGAUAAAGUCUACGAGCCCUUCACUGAAAAGAAAACGCAAACCAUCUUUUACCUGUUCUCAGUGUGGAAAGCGUCUGUCCUACAAACAAAGUCUGAAAAUUCACAUGAGAGUUCAUAGUAAAGAGAGGCCUUUCAUAUGUGAUCAAUGUGGGACGAGUUUCGCACUAAAAGGAUCCCUUAAACAUCAUAUGAAAAUCCACACUGGAGAGAAGCCGUACACGUGUAAUCAAUGCGGGCAGAGUUUCACACAUCCCAGCACUCUUAAAUUACAUGUGCAUUCUCAUUCUGGAGAGAGGCCAUAUAACUGUGAUCAAUGUGGUAAAAAGUUUAUUAGGAUAGGAUCCUUGAGGGCCCACUUUAAAGUUCAUACAAAGGAGAAGCCUUAUGUUUGUUCUUUGUGUGGAAAGGGUUUUAGUCAGAUGGGUGCUUUAAAAACGCAUCAGCAAAGACACAGCGGUGUGAAGAAUCAUAUGUGCUUUGAGUGUGGAAAAUCCUUCAUUAGAGAUGCUGAACUGAAACAGCACCAGAAAACUCACACUGGAGAAAAACCUUACAAGUGUUCACACUGUGACAAGAGUUUCAGUCAGUCAGGACAUCGGAAAAUACAUGAGAGGAUCCACACUGGAGAGAAGCCGCACACAUGUAAUCAGUGUGGGAUGAGUUUUACACAUCCAAACACUCUUAGAUUACAUCUCCUUUCUCAUUUUGGAGAAAGACGGUAUAACUGCGAUCAAUGCGAUAAAACGUUUGUUAGGGCAGUAUGCCUGAAGUCCCACCAGAAGGUUCAUUUAAAGGAAAAACCUUACAAGUGUUCACUGUGUGAAAGAGGUUUUACUCAGCUGAGCGCUUUCAAAUCACACCAGAGAAGACACAGUGGUGAGAAAAACUAUAUGUGCUUUGAAUGUGGGAAGACUUUUAUUACAAACGCAGAAUUGAAACUGCACCAGAGAAUUCAUACUGGAGAAAAACCUUACACGUGUUCACACUGUGACAGGAGAUUCAGUUGGUUAGCAUCUCUGAAAAUACACGAGAGGAGCCACACUGGAGAGAAGCCGUAUCACUGCUCAUCAUGUGAGAAGAGCUUCAGUAAAUUAGCUUCUCUACUCAGUCAUAGAAAAAGAAAAUGUCAGAUGGAAGGAGAGGGAAGAACUGAAGGAGCAACAUCAUCAUGUCAAAACUGGACAAAAAUCUUUGAGAAAAUCUUUCACCUGCCCUCAAUGUGGAAAGAGUUUCACAAAAAAGGAAGCCUUAGGGAUCACAUGAAAAUUCACACGGGAGAGAAGCUGCACACAUGUGAUCAGUGUGGGAAACAUUUCACAAAAAAAGGAACCCUUAGGGGACACAUGACAAUCCACACUGGAGAGAAACCACACACAUGUGACCAAUGUGGGAAGAGUUAUAUACGAAAAGGAGCCCUUAAUGAUCACAUGAAAAUCCACACUGGAGAAAAGCCACACACAUGUGAUCAAUGUGGGAUGAGUUUCAGACAAAAAGGGUCUCUUAAGCGGCACAUGGCAGUCCACACUGGAGAGAGGCCGCACACCUGUGAUCAAUGUGGAAAAAGUUUCAGAAAGAUACACACUGUUAAAAUACACCUGCGUCGUCAUUCUGGAGAAAGACCAUUUACCUGUGAUCAGUGUGACAAUAAAUUUUUUAGGUCAGAUGCGCUGAAGGACCAUCUGAAAGUUCAUUCCAAGGAGAAGCCUCACGUUUGUUCUUUGUGUGGAAGAAGUUUUAGUCAGUCGGGAGCAUUAAGAUUACACCAGAAAAGACACAGCGGUGUGAAGGAUCAUAUGUGCUUCGAUUGUGGGAUGACUUUUGUAAGAUAUUCUGAACUGAAAAGGCACCAGAGAAUACAUAGUGAAGAAAAGCCUUACAAGUGUUCACACUGCCACAAGAGAUUCAAACGGUCAGAUUAUGUGAAAAUACAUGAGAGGAUCCACACUGGAGAGCAGCCAUUUAAUCUGCCUCUCAUAACUUCUUGUAAUGUACACACACCGUUCACUUCUGUUGGGAUACAAAUAGCCUGGACAUAUGACCUGAUGGAAGAGAACACAGAGAGUGAAGAACCGAGUGAAGUGGAGGAAAAACUUCAUGUCAAAACUGAAGAAAAAUGUUUGAGUUGCUUACACACUACAAGUAAUUUUUCAUUGAAAAGAAGAGCCGAUACAUCUUUUAUCUGCCCUCAGUGUGGGAAGAGUUUCUCAAACAAUCAGAGUCUUGAACUUCACAUCAGAGUUCAUAGUGGAGAAAAACCUUUCACGUGUGAUCAAUGUGGGAAAAGUUUUACACUAAAAGGAACCCUUAGGGAUCACAUGAAGAUCCACACUGGAGAGAAUUUGCACACGUGUGAUCAGUGCGGGAAGAGUUUUACAAAAAGAGGAGCCCUUGAGGAUCACGUGAAAAUCCAUACUGGAGAAAAGCCGCACACAUGUGAUCAGUGUGGAAAAAGUUUCACAAAGAAAGGAGCCCUUAUGGAUCACAUGAAAAUCCAUACAGGAGAAAAGCCGCACACAUGUGGUCAGUGUGGGAAGAGUUUCACAAAAAAAGGGGCCCUGAAAGAUCACAUGAAAAUCCACACUGGAGAGAAACCUCACAUGUGUGAUCAAUGCGGGAAGAGUUUCAGAAAGUCAUGCACUUUUAAAUCACAUCUGCGUCAUCAUUCUGGAGAAAGACCAUUUAACUGUGAUCACUGUGGUAAGAAUUUCUUUAGGGCAGAUGCGCUGAAGGACCACCUGAAAGUUCAUACAAAGGAAAAGCCUUACGUGUGUUGUUUUUGUGGAAGGAGUUUUGGUCAGAUAAGUAGCUUAAAAUUACACCAGAAAAGACACAGCGGCGUGAAGGAUCAUAUGUGCUUUGAGUGUGGAAAGACAUUUGUUAGAGAUGCUGAACUGAAACUUCACCAGAGCACUCACACUGGAGAAAAACCUUACCAGUGUUUACAAUGUGACAAGAGAUUCAAACGAUCAGAAUAUUUGAAAUCACAUGAGAGGAUCCACAUCGGAGAGAAGUUGUAUCAGUGCCCUCCAUUUCCAUGGGUUGUUCCCAAAUGAACAAUAUAUAAAAAGCUGGUAACACUUUACAAUAAGGUUCAUUAGUUAACAUUAGUUUGAUUAAGAAACUUUUAAAAUGAAUGGUUGCUAUAUUGUAUUUAAAAUGUAUUGUGCUAUUUGUCCAUCUUUUAUGAUACUUUUUCAUCUUUUAAGUGUUUAAUAAUUUGUCGUUUAGGCAGAUUACAUUUUCUUGAAAACAUUUUUAACUGGUUUGUAUAAGGUUAUUGUUAUGUACAUGAUUGUGCUCUCAUUGCAUUUACAGAAAUUUGACCAGCAGAUGUCGCCAGCAUACAGUGAUUUGAGCACUAGGUGGAGACCCUCAAGGUAGUGGGGUCAAAUUUAGAAGUGAGGUUAGGUAUGGCCUUUGUACAACCCAUCUGGCUCUAUGAAGCUGCCCAUUUGAAGCUGCUCCACCCACUCAGAACUGGCUGCAGUGAUAUCUAUCUAAGUUUUAGAAAAUAGUUUGAAAAGUGAUAUAAUAAUAAAAACUACAUCAUGAAGUGAAGUUAAACAUGUUUAUUUUACCUCAUACUUUAUAUUCAGUGCAGUACUCAAGGGAUAAUCAGUGAUAAUUAAGGUAAAUAUAAGAACACAGACAUUUGUUAAGGCAGCUGUAGCACAAGCUAUUUAAGUCAAGUCUAGACAAGAUCUUGGCUUAGCCUUACAGGCAUUUCUUGUAGUAUGAAGUUGUUAUUGAACUCAUGCUUCUUCAGUUCAUUGUAGGACAGAUUAACUGAGUUCAGGAGCUACCGGAGUAAUAACAAAAUCAAAUGGCAGUUUGCAAACAAAUAACUAAACAAUAAUAUUUGUAUUCUGCCGGAGAGUGGUUCUCAGCUCGUUUGACUUCAGAACCCAGAUUUUCAAGUCAAAUGUUGUUAAUAAUAUUAAAGUGAAAGUAAUACUACUAAAUAUCAUUAAAUGCUAAAUUUGAUUAAUAUUAUAUGAGCCACAUAUCAGUUAUUAAUAUAAAAUUGGCACAGUAUGAAAUAUUUUAGUUUCUAAAUACAUCCAUUUUCUAAACUACUUGUCCUAUAGGGUCUCCCCUCCCCCCAACUAUUUCAUGUUAAAAAUCUUACUCUUUAGUUCAUCUUAACACUUGAAUACACUGUAUUAUCUUGUGCAAUAGCUUUCUGUAAGAAAACAAGCACAACGGUAAAAUGAAAAACUGUUUAUCUACACAUUCACAAAACUGUAGAAAGUGGUAAAACAUUAAGCAUAACAGGCAAUCCAUCAUUAAAGUUUAUAUAUUGAUUAGUAAAGAGGAAUGUGAGAUGUUCAGCUCCAAAACUUGGUUUUGCCUGAAAUUCCUCUUUUAAAAACAGCAAUUACUGAUGGGUACUCACGUCACAGAUGACGUUAUGGUUCUUGGAUCAUGUGUCAAUUAAUGUGUGGUUAUGAGAACAUCACAUAACAAAGAUUGGUGGGAUCUCUUACUUGUAGAAUCUCUUACUGUAUUCAAUACAAGGAAGACACAAGUUGUGAUCAAAUAAAUUGUAUUAACAAAAGAUAGACAAGAGUAAUCAACAACUACUAAAUGAGUACCAUGAAUGAAAAAGGAAUAAAGUGCAUAAGAUGCAUAAAAUGCAUGUGAUUAUGUUGGGUGUUGCUAUGUCAGAGCUACGUUAUCUGGAAAGAUAAACUGUUGCUACUCUGAAACAAAUAAA